CUGCAGCGCUCCGCCUUUCUCCAGCGACUGAAAAUGAAAGUAUUUUUGUAUCUUUCAGAAGAAGGCAGACAGACGACUCGAAGCGCGAGCUCACAAUCAAACAUUCAUUUACCGACAUUAUUUCCGAGGUCAUUUUUCUGUAAGUUUUAGGCUACACACUGAAGAUGGGAGACGUAAAUAAGUCAAAUACACGUUUGAAUGUGGUCCUUCUGGGAAAAACCAGGGCUGGGAUAAGUGCAUCAGGAAACACAAUCCUGGGACGACAAGCUUUUACAUCAAAGAAAAGCUCCAGCUCAGUCACUCGAGAUGUAGCUGUUCAGUCUGGAUCAGUUGGUGACAUUGAAGUCACUGUUUAUGACACACCAGGAUUAUUUAACACAGAUAUGAGUGAAGAUGAGAUUCAGAAGAAAUAUAAAGAGGUUCUUCAGAGAUGUGAAUCUGAUCCCUGUGUGUUUCUGCUGGUGAUCAAAGCUGACAGAUUCACUGGGAAAGAGAGGAAAACUGUGGAGAAGAUUGAGCAGCUGCUGGGAGAAGAGCGCCUGAAGAAAACCUGGAUUCUCUUCACCAGAGGAGAUGAACUGGAGGAAGAAAACACGACUAUAAAAGAAUUCCUUAAUGACACUGAACCACUGAAAAACCUCAUUCAGAAAUAUGAUCAGAGAUGCCAUGUGUUCAACAACAAGAAGAGAGGACAUACAGAACAAGUUCAAAUGCUGUUUAUAAAAAUACUUAUGCCAUACUUUGAUUUACAGGAAAGAGAAGUCCUAGAGAUACUGAAGCCGAAUCAAGUGGUGAGAAAAAUACCAAAAGACAUUGAACCAGACGCUCCUGCUGACAGUCUCUCAUCCAGACGGCUUGUUCUUCUGGGUAAAAGUGGAGUUGGGAAGAGUGCAGCUGGAAACACAAUCCUGGGACAGAAAGAGUUAAUAUCUGUACAGAGAAUGAUUUCUGUAACCCGUGAAUGUUCAGAAGCUCACACCACUAUUUCAGGCAGAUCUGUGACUGCAGUUGAUACUCCUGGAUUCUUUGACACACAGAUGAAAUCUGAAGAGUUAGCUGAGGAGAUAGCCAGAAGUGUGUAUAUAUCCAGUCCUGGACCUCACGCUUUCCUCAUUGUGUUGAGAGUAACAGACAGAUUCACUGAACACGAGCAGCAGAUUCCUCAGAUGAUUGAGAUGAUGUUUGGUGAGGGAGUGUUAAAAUACUCCUUCAUUCUCUUCACUCAUGGAGAUCUGCUGGAAGAAGAGUCAGUAGAGAAACUUAUUAAGCAGAACUGCAGAUUAAGAGAUCUAGUUCAGAAGUGUGGAGACAGAUAUCACGUCUUCAACAAUAAAGAUUUGAAUAACAGAGAGCAGGUGAAUGAUCUCCUGCAGAAGAUUGACUCAAUGAUAGAGCAGAAUGGAGGAGGACACUACAGUAACCAGAUGUUUGAAGAUGCUCAGAGAUUCAGACGAGAGGAAGAAGAGCAGAGACAGAGAGAGGAAGAGCAGAGAAAACAACAAGAGGAGAAACAAAGACAAGAGGAGAUUGAGAGAGUGAAGAAAGAGACAGAGAAGGGAGUCAGAGCAAAGUGUGAAGCUGAAAGAUCUGAACGAGAAAGACUCAAAGCAGAGAAGCAGAGAGAGGAAGAGCAGAGAAAACAACAAGAGGAGAAACAAAGACAAGAGGAGAUUGAGAGAGUGAAGAAAGAGACAGAGAAGGGAGUCAGAGCAAAGUGUGAAGCUGAAAGAUCUGAACGAGAAAGACUCAAAGCAGAGAGAGGAAGAUAAAGGAAAAAAAGAGAGCAGAUUUAUGCAGUUUUUUUAUAAGCAUCAGCGCUAUUUUUAUGUUGCAGCUGUUGUAGCUGGUAUUGCUGUUGGUGGAGUUGCUGGUGGAGUUCUUGCUAAAGCUGUUUUGGG